GGCCGACAGGCCCGGCUCUGGUGGCUCCAGCUUCCCUCCAGCUCUGGCUCCCCGGGAGCUGUUUUGAAAUUCUCUCAGCGCCUGGUAUUUCCAUGCAUUUGGCCGGGCCCCACAAAGCUGAGUCCACAAUGCGCCGGCAUGAGGAAAAAGAUGCCGAGCUGGACCGUAGGAUAGUUGCCUUGCGCAAGAAGAACCAGGCCUUACUACGAAGGUACCAGGAGAUCGAGGAAGAUCGUCGGCAGGCGGAGCAGGGGGGCAUGGCUGUGACCACUCCGGUGCUCCUCCAACCCGACAGCCUCACUGUCACCAUCAGCCAGGUUCCCGGUGAGAAGAGGGUGGUCAGCAGAAACUGGGCCAGGGCGCCCCUUUCACCUGGAGUGACUGCCACACUGACAGAUGAUGAAGAUGCUGCAGACGCACCGGGUACUUUCAGCAUGGGGGACCGGGUGGAACUUGCUGUCACCAUGGAAAACAAAGCCAAGGCCAAACGGAUAGUAAGUGAGAAACCCACAACCCAAGCACGGAGCCCAAGAACAAAGGGAACAUCUGGAGGAGGCCGGGGCUGGAGUUCACCCUUGCAGAUGACUUCCAGCUCAGAUUCAGCAGGGAAGGGUGUUCUGGAGCCCCGGAGUCCAGGUGUGAUCCCAAGUCCACCUCCCCAACAGCCCUUGGGGCUGUCCCCUGAGGCCAGCUGGGACUACACGAAGUGGAAACAAGAGAGAGAGCAGAUUGACCUGGCCCGCCUUGCCCGGCACAGAAACCCACAGGGUGACUGGAGUCGCCCGUGGGACCUGGACAAAGCCAAGCCCAUGCCACAGAACUGCAACAAGCCUAGGGACAAGGACCUGGCCAUGGGCAGCAGGAAGGGUCGGGGUGGACAAUUUGGAAGACCCUCGGUGACAUCCACUAUAGGCAGCAAAGCCCAGGGGAAGGAGAGGCUAACUGGCAGAGCCCGAAGGUAUGACAUGAAAGAAGAUGAGACGCUACAGAACCAGGAGGGAAGCCAGAGCACCACGAAGACUCCCAGAGCAGAGGAAGAAUCCAUACAGAAGCGGAAUGAAAGGGAGACGGACAGACAAGAGAACGUGCCUGCAGCCAGCCCAAUUCCAGCCUCCCUAAAGGGGCCAAAAAGAGAGUUGGGGAGCUCUACAGCCAGUUUGGCCCCAGACUCUCCACAACAUUCUGACGUGGCUCCCCUUGACCUCUCUGUGGGAGGAGCUAGCAGCCCCAAGCCUGGAAAAAGUACAUGUAUAGUCAGUCCAAAGGCUGGGGCUCAGCAAAGUCCAGUGUCAUGGCCAAACAGUUCUGAGCAGCAGACCCCGGGGUGCACUGACCAUCAGCCUGGGCUGGAAGCCCACUGUUGCACUGAGUCACAGAGCGAAGCCCAGACCCCAGAGCCCAAGGAGGACAGGGCUGGCAAGGCUGGGGCCCAGCAGAACCUGACACCAAGAAGCAGACCCCCCAGAGGAAUUGGCCAAAGGGCAAGAGGCACGAGUAAAAGAAGCAGGGCAGGAGGUCCUGGCCCUGCAGGGAGAUGCUGAGAGGAUGCUCAGGAGAGGUGGGAAGCUAGGCUGUGACGGGAAGAACCCAGUCAAGAGUCUUCUGUGUGGUGAGAGUUAUGGCUGCUGGUGGGAGUCUGGAACCUUUCUGGUUGAGCAAUGCGGCAAAAUUCCACAGGGACACCGUGUGAGGGCCUCUUAUGCACACCUCUCUACACUAGUGGGUUUUUACAUGUAGUCAAGGCUCUUGGUGUACUGGCCAGGCUGGGAUCUCUUGUUCAAGGCUGGUGUUCCUGGCCUGGGCUUACCUAGGCCAUAGGCCUUUCCCACCAAGCAUGAUUUGAUAGGACCCCAAUCCAUGGGUCUCCUGGCUCCUGAUAGUUCAUCACUGCCAGGUCUCCCUCUCCAGUCACAAGCCUUCAGGCUCCUCAGCUCCAGGCAGUCUCAAAGCUGGUAUGGCCAGCCUAACCCCUUUCUGAUAACCAUGCCUCUCAUCCAGGUGACUCACAGUCCUGCUCUUCUAAGAUGGCCAAACCAGGAUUUCAACAGUCGCUUGAGGCCUAGAGAAAGUGGUUUAGGGCUCAUGGCUGACAGGAACACACUUGGAGAGGAAUAGUAAAACCCAAGGCUUCUUGCGGGGACGGGGGCAUCCAGCGGGGCUCUUUGAACUGUGCUAGGAUUCUCCUUUUGCCACGGGAGAAUGAGAGAGCUCACUAGCAGGUGCUGAGCCUUCUUCCUCAUAUCCAGAUCACACACUGUGGCUGCCCUGUAUAGACCUUGCAGCCCAGGGCCAUUUCCUGCCCUCUCUUCCUUCUCCACUUCCCCUCACCAAGGCCAUGCAAAAGCAAGCACACAGUACAGUCAGAGGACUAGCAAUCUCAGCUAAGUUCGACAUCAGGAUGUGUCUUUCCAGCUCCAUCCAGGCCCCUCCCAUGAGGCCCACGUCUGGUAAAUUACCCAGACUCUGCACAAGCUGUGGCUUCCUUUCGAUACAACAAACAUUUCCUGAGCAUCUUCUCCCAGUAAUCCAGCCAGUGGGCGAGGGUGACUCUGCCAGCCAGAGGGAGGGAAGACACUCAGUCAUCCGACAGCUCAAGGCUGAAUGGCAAGUGCUGUUCUCAUCUGUAGAAGCCUGGUAGCCCUGGGUGUGGUGAGGGCAGGCGCCUGAAGAGACCCACCCUGCCUCUGCUCCCCUCUUUUGAUGUGGCAUGUGCCCUUUGCAUCUUGGUGGCACCAUGCAGCCCCCUUCCUCCCCUCCUCUCUACAAGGGUAAGUGGGUCUUCCAUAACCCUCUGGAGCUCUAGGGAAAGUCUUGUCAUCUCAUCUUUACACGUGAGGCCUUUAACUUGGGUUCUCUACUCAGGCAAGGGUGACUGACUCUUCAGCAGGUCGGGCUGUUUAGAGAACUCUUCUCAUGCUUUUGUGUGACUGGGAUGUGUGGUGCAGGUUGAGCUCAGUGGGUCUGGAGAAGGCCUGAACGUUUGCAUUUCUAAUCUGUCCUAGGUGAGGGAGACAUGGCCUCCUUUUUGGCCUGAAGAACCCUUUGAGAAGUCAGGUUCUGGACUUGAGUGUGUGAAGGGUUCAGGUUAGAGCAGAUUCUAGAUCUAAAGCAAGUUUCCAGCUCUGCAAGAACUAGGGGAGUGCUACCCUGCCAAGUGCAACAGGCGCCUGCAGAAGAUUCCUCGGUAGUGCAUAGUGGAGUCAGCUCUGUAGUGCAUCAAAAGGAAGCUGUUCGGGAUGUGACAGGAUGAAGGGGGGGGGUGGAAAAGUCAGUGUGGUGGCUCAGAGGAAGUCCAGAAAGGGAGAAAAAAUUCCUGUACAUAGGAGACACGCCUGGGCCAGAGUGAAGAACCCAAAUUCACAUUUUCAUUUGCCUUCCAGUCUCAAGUAUAUUUUGACUCUGGAGUGUGACACAGGCCCUAGAGCUCAUGACUCCUAAAGAUGGGACCGGAACAUGGCAGGUUCAGGCAGAGAGAGCUCUUGAAUCCAGAUGUUGCAAAGAAAUGGCUGUGAUCAAGAAUCUGAAUUCUUGGCUGGGGGCGUAGGUUGGUAGAGUUCAUUCUCAGCAUGCAUGAACUCAUAGGUUCAAUCUUUAGGACUCUUGCCCCAAGCCGGACAGACAGACAGAGGAGAUGAGAAGAAAAGAAAGGAAGAGAGGAGGGAAGGAGGGAGUAGGGAAGAGGGAGGGAGAGAGAAAAGAGAAGAUUCACAGUUUGUUUCCCUCUUGAUGUUGCCAACUGUGCAAUGUGAUCCAUCAGACAACACAGGGCAAGGCACGUUUGACCACAGGUUGAGGAUGUAAACAUCUGGCAGGGUUCUGGUUCGGUCUUCACAAAUGAACCCAAGGAGAAGGAGCUGCUAGAGAGGACUGAGAGCACAUGGGGCUUCUCUUUGUGGGCAACAGCCUUUAGGGGGCUGAGGAAAGCUAUCCCGGGUACUGGUGAGAACAGAAGCCAACACAGGACGCCUUCAUUCCAGAAACCUGCAGUGCAGGCAACAGCAGCAAGCUUUUCCUGGGAAAGGGAAGCUCUUCUCCAGGAAAAGACACAGGCCACACCUCCCAGCUCUCUGUCCAGGUUGUACCAUCCUGCUCUGUUAGAGUCAACUACGGAGCAGAAGAAGCCCAUGUCACCCAUUCCUCUUGAGGUCUCGAAGGGCCAGCCAUGACUCUUCCUGGAUGCUUUGUCGAAGGGUCUGACCCAGAGUCUUCCCUUAGGAAACACUCUUCCCUACAACAAGCAGACAAGACGACUCUUUAAAAGUCGGAGUCUUCACUAAACACAAACAACUCCGGGAAACCAGAUGCAGGGCUGGAAGGAGCCAAGCAAAGAGGGUACCCAGGAGGAGCUGGCAGGGCGAGAACACCUGGAGAUGAGGGGAGCGGGGCGGGGAAAAUGGAGAGCAUCCUGUCAGACAGCUGCUGAGAUCCCAGGCACCAGGUAGAGCAAAGCGCACCUUGGAGUCUGAGAGAAUAAAUACGAACCCUGCACCUCUCAUCUACCUUACUCAAGGUUAGCCUCUAAAAGCCGCAGUCCCCUUACCUGCAGAAGGCGGCUUGCUGUACUGACCUUGAAGGGUUGCUGAGAAUGCUAGAGUGCCAUCCAUGCCUACGCUCAGUAGACACUCUGCGAACAGUAGCCUGAUGCUCUGAGAUCAUGCUGAAUAAAUGAAG